GCGAAAUAACAAAUAAAGAAGAACAGAUAUAAUAAAGAACAGAUCCCCACAUAAGAUGCGAAAGUUUACCAGCUUCGUGUGCGGCACAGGAGCCGGAUUGGCGGCGUACUACCUGCAGCGACUGCGCGACCCGCAGACGGCGGUGCAGAACUCGUGGACGAACAGCGACAAGCCGGUGGAUCCAUGGGCCCUUUGGGACAGCAACUGGGAUUGCCGGGAGCCGCGUGCACUGGUGCGCCCGCUGCGGAACAGCCAGCCGGAGGAGGAGAACCGCUACAACGCGGAGCUGGAGAAGGCCAAGGCUAAGAAGCCGCGCCACAUCAUUCUGGUGCGGCACGGCGAGUACCUGGACGCAGGCGACUCGGAUGCCACCCACCAUCUUACGGAGCGUGGGCGUAAGCAGGCGGAGUUCACCGGCAAAAGGCUUCUCGAGCUGGGCAUCAAGUGGGACAAGGUGGUGGCUUCCACGAUGGUGCGAGCCCAGGAGACGUCCGACAUUAUACUCAAGCAGAUCGACUACGACAAGGAGAAGGUGGUGAACUGCGCCUUUCUGCGAGAGGGAGCCCCCAUUCCCCCCCAGCCGCCGGUGGGGCACUGGAAGCCGGAGGCAUCUCAGUUCCUCCGCGACGGAACGCGCAUCGAGGCUGCUUUUCGGCGAUACUUCCACCGUGCCUAUCCGGACCAGGAGAAGGAGAACUACACCCUGAUCGUGGGCCACGGCAAUGUGAUUCGGUACUUUGUCUGCCGCGCCCUGCAAUUCCCCGCCGAGGGCUGGUUGCGCAUCAGCAUCAACCACGCCUCCAUCACAUGGCUGACCAUCAGUCCGUCAGGCAACGUGUCCAUUAAGUACCUGGGCGACUCCGGCUUUAUGCCUGCCUCACUGCUUACCAAUCGUAUUCCGCGGGACGCUAAAAACGUGGUCUAGUUACUAGCCAAGUGGCCCCCCCCCAACUGCCAGGAUGAGAAGCAAUCUUAGUGUAUCUAUUGCCAAGCCUUAAAGUAAAUCAGUAAGCUCAGAUCGAGUGAUUGUAAUUACCAUGUAAAUUAUUGCCACACUUUAAAGUAAAUCUCAAGAGGAGGAGGAUCUUCGAGACUUCCGACUGAAAUAAUAACAUUUUUAUAGAAUGCCAUACAAGGUUUCUUAAUAAAAUCAAAGAAAAUGGAUAAUAGCAUUA